AACAAAAUUCCCAUAAAUAAAACCUCUAUAUCACUCAACUCACCAUAGUUACGUUUAACACUUCCAAAAAACAACUAAAAAAUCUCUUAGCAAAAAUAUGGGUGAUUUUGAAAUAUGCAAUUUCACUUUACAAUUUCUUCGUGGACGAUGGUUCAUGAUGUUUGCUUCAUUCUUGAUCAUGUCUGGUGCAGGUGCAACAUAUUUAUUUGGUGUAUAUUCGAAAACAAUAAAAUCGACCCUUGGAUAUGACCAAUCUACCCUCAAUCUUCUUGGUACUUUUAAAGAUUUGGGUGCUAAUGUUGGUGUCCUUUCUGGUCUUUUAGCCGAGGUAACGCCAACAUGGUUCGUGCUUACAGUAGGUUCAGUGAUGAAUUUUGUCGGAUAUUUUCUUAUUUGGCUCGCCGUGACCAAAAAAAUUGCAACACCUAAAGUAUGGCAAAUGUGUAUGUACCUAUGUAUUGGUGCUAAUUCACAAAAUUUUGCUAAUACUGGUUCACUUGUUACAUGUGUUAAAAAUUUUCCAGAAAGUAGAGGGAUGAUGUUGGGGUUAAUGAAGGGUUUUGUAGGGUUAAGUGGUGCAAUUUUUACACAAUUAUAUUUGGCUAUUUAUGGUAAUGAUAGUAAGUCUUUGAUACUUUUAAUUAGUUGGCUUCCUUCAUUGUUAUCACUUCUUUCUGUUUUUAGUAUUAGGGAGAAGAAAUUUCCUAGGCAUCCUAAUGAGGUGAAAGUAUUUUAUGAGAAUCUUGUUAUAUCAAUUGUAUUGGCUUUGUUGUUGAUGGGGAUAACAAUUGCACAAAAGUACCUUAAUUUCUCACACAGUGCUUAUGUUGUAAGUGCCACUAUAGUUUGUAUAGUGUUAUUUUUGCCAUUGGUUGGUGCAAUAAGGGAGGAGUAUGCAUAUUGGAAGUUAAAAAUGCAACAGUUGAAAAGUGCACCUUCUAGGGUUGUUAUUGAAGAACCCCCCUUGCCGGAAUCGAAGCCGGCGGCCGGUCAAUCGAUGUCGGAAAUCGUCGAGUUGCCGGAAUAUGCUUCUAAUAUGGAAAAAAUAGAAGAGAAGAAGAAAGUUGGAUGCUUUAGCGACAUAUUCAAGAAGCCAAAAAGAGGUGAGGAUUAUACUAUAUUACAAGCCUUAUUGAGUAUAGACAUGUUGAUUCUAUUUGUGGCAACUUUUUGUGGGCUAGGGUGUAGCUUAACAGCAAUAGACAAUUUGGGACAAAUUGGUGAGUCCUUAGGGUAUCCACAACACACCAUUAGCACAUUUGUGUCCUUGAUGAGCAUAUGGAACUAUUUCGGUAGGGUUUGCUCAGGGUUCGUCUCAGAAAAACUUCUCUUGAAGUGGAAAGUCCCUCGUACACUUAUGAUGACCUUUGCUCUCCUCUUGCCAGCCAUCGGCAAUCUCAUCAUUGCAUUUCCAUUCUCCGGUUCAGUUUAUGUGGCAUCAUUGCUUAUCGGCUUCUCAUUCGGUAUCCAAUUAACACUUCUUUUUAUCAUAAUAUCAGAGCUCUUCGGACUGAAGUAUUACUCAACGUUAUUCAAUUGUGGUCAAUUGGCUAGUCCACUUGGAUCAUACAUAAUGAAUGUGCAAAUUGUGGGGAGACUAUAUGAUAAUGAGGCAUUGAAGCAACUAGCAAGUAAAGGAUUAACAAGAUCAAUGGUGAAAGAAUUAACUUGCAUCGGUAAACAAUGUUAUAGAAAUUCUUUUAUCAUACUUGCUUGUGCUAAUAUAUUUGGAGCUCUUGUUUCAUUGAUAUUGGUAUGGAGAACUAAGGAGUAUUACAAGACUGACAUUUAUAAAAGAUUUAGAGAUCAAAUGGAAGAAAAUGAAAAGGAGAUGAGGAUGAUUUCUACUGCUGGAAAAUGAGUAUUGUGAAAUUCAAGAAUUAUAGUUUUGGAA